CCUAGCCAACACCGAAGCCGUAGCAAGUACUCUCCUGGACACUACGGUGGCUUUGCUGAAGACUAUGUUGAAGAAGAAGACGAACCCCGUCCAUAUCGUCGACCAAGCCGUCGCUACACAGCAAGACCGCCACCCGCUCAUCAGAACUAUCACAACAGAGACCCCUGGACCCGUGGACAACCCCGACUCAGUCAUGAUGGUGCCACUCUCUACGAUAACGACUACGAGCCGGACACACCUUCCAAGCCGCGUGUGCACUACCACUAUGGCAGUGAGGAGGAGGAAAUGCGACGAACUGGCUAUUAUCCUUCCACUCGAGGUGCAGGACGUGGUCCACCUACAAGACCUUCCUCUGACGAGGUGCUUCGACUCCCUUGGCUGAUGUGGAUGAACUCUAAUGCAAAGAAUCACUUUGUGGCUUUCGUGGGUGAGUUUGUUGGAACCACCAUGUUCUUGUUCUUUGCCUUCAGUGGCACCCAGGUCGCCAACAUCGGCUCUGGGGCCUCUGACAGCAAGACGACAACUGGUGCCGACACGGGUUUCUCGCCUCAGGUACUAUUGUACAUCGCUCUGGUCUUCGCCUUUUCCCUCAUGGUCAACGUAUGGAUAUUCUUUAGGAUAUCUGGUGGUCUUUUCAACCCGGCUGUGACCCUCGCUAUGCUUCUCACGCGUGUUCUAAGCCCUGUUCGAUGCUCAAUGCUCCUAGUCGCCCAGGUUGCCGGCGGCAUCUUUAGUAGUUUCCUGGUUUCCGUCCUCUUUCCCACUUCCUUCAACGUCAGGACUACCUUGAGUGCGGAUACUAGUCUAGUCAGGGGAGUGUUUAUCGAGGCUGUCCUGACCGCCGAGCUCGUCUUCACGAUCUUCAUGUUAGCUAAGGAGAAACACAAAGCAACAUUCAUUGCGCCCGUGGGUAUUGGUCUUGCACUUUUCAUCGCAGAAUUGGUCGGCGUCUACUACACUGGCGGAAGCUUGAACCCUGCCCGUUCCUUCGGACCAUGCGUCAUCACCGGAGUCUUCGAUCAAGAACACUGGAUCUACUGGGUUGGACCAGGCUUUGGCGCUGUGCUCGCCGUCGUCUUCUACAAGUUCAUUAAGAUCCUCGAAUACGAAGUAGCAAAUCCUGGCCAGGACGCCGAAGUCGACGAGUCGGAGCGGGAGAAGGGACAAGUGUGAGAAGGGUCUGGAU